AUGUCUCAAUAUCACCUCUUCUCUCUUCCUCCUGAACUGCUCGAUACUCUCGUUCUCCGCAACGCCCUCGGCCAUGCUCCGGAACCGGCCCUGGAGUCUCGUCCUUCUACCCCUCCCCCCAUCACCUCUGCGCAACCUUCCACUGGAUCGCGUGCUUGCAAUGUUUGCCUCGGCGCAAAGUUUGCAGAUGUCGAUGACCAACGAGCCCACUUCCGCUCAGACUGGCAUCGAUACAAUGUCAAGGUUCGACUCACUGGGGGCGAACCCGUCUCCGAGUUCCAGUUCACCCAACUCGUCGACGGCCUUGAGGACUCCCUCUCAGGUUCUGCGUCCUCUUCGGAGAGCGACACUGACGAAUCUGAUGCCGUAUCCGCCCUCGUAUACAAGACUCGUCGAAAGGACCGACCAUCAUCUCCGAGUGUCGGGGGUCCAUCCAUCCCACAAAUGCCGCUGGUCUGGUUCCACUCCCCUCCCGCGACCCAAAUUGGUGUCUACAGGACAAUAUUCUCUACUAUCGUCUCACCACAAGAUUACCUCGAGGAACUCGAGAGUCUGCAGGACGGGGGUGAACACGGGCGAACUUGGGCAUUGUUCAUGACUGCUGGUGGCCACUUCGCUGGUGCCAUUGUUCGCGUCAAACGCCCAGACGGCGAUGACCCAGCCGAGCUCACCAAGAAGGGGAAACCUAAACGACCUAAGCCGGACGUCGAAAUCCUCAAGCACAAGACAUUCCAUCGCUACACUACCCGUAGAAAACAGGGUGGAUCUCAGGGCCUGAACGACAACUCGAAGAGCAAAGCCAUAAGUGCUGGUGCGAUGCUUCGUAGAUAUGGCGAGCAGGCGCUGCGUGAUGAUAUCCGAAAGCUACUAGAAGAUUGGGCUGAGGAUCUCCAUGAGUGCGAAAGAAUCUGGCUCCGCGCGAGCGUCUCUAACAGACGUAUAUUUCUGGACUAUGACGAUGCUGUGAUCAAGAAGGGUGACGUACGGCUGCGCUCCUUCCCCUUCCCGACUCGACGACCAACUCAAGCAGAGCUUACCCGUUGCUUGAACGAGCUCGUCCGAGUCAAAGUGUCCCAUCUCACCGAAGAUGCUCUCCGCGCGCAGGACGAGGCUCUACUUGCCUCACUCCCCAAACCCAAGCCGCAACCUGCCCCACCCACUCAACCCGACGCCACAAAACUGAAGGAAAAGCCCGUCAUUCCUCAGUUGUCGGCGGAAGAGGAGCGCAUUAGAGACAGAUGGACGCGUCUCCUCGACAUGGUCAAGCGCGGCCGUCUGGACGCCCUUAGGAGCUUCUGGGAACGCGAAGGCGCCGACCUUGGAGGCGUCGACACUUCCGUCCCUGGCUGGGCCGACGAGCGUGGCGGUACUGUCCUGCAAGCUGCGACCCUCGCCGGCCAGGAAGACGUCACCGCCUCGACUGCUCUCGACGAGGAGCCCGUGGCCGACGAGGAUCCGGAGACCGCCCGCCUCCCUCGUGGCAAGCGGCGUACCGCGUACGACCUCGCGAAGACGAAGGAGAUGCGCAACCUCUACCGGCGCUGCGCGGCAGAGCACCCUGAUUGGUGGGACUGGCUCGGGUCCGAGAACGGCGCGCGGAUACCGAGCGUCUUGAGCACGGAGAUGAAGGAGGUGCAGGACGAGAAGAAGAAGGCGCGGAGGAAGGGAUUGAAGGACAAGGUGAAGGAGAGGGAAAAGGAAAGGGCUUCCGCCUCUCCAACACCGCCGCCAGUUGCGGCCGUCAAACCCGUCAAGGAGGAGCCUCAGAGUGGUCCUAGAAAGCUCGGAGGGGCCGCAGGGGCGGCGGAAGGGGUGGCGGGACUGACGCCAGAGAUGCGGGCCAAGAUUGAGCGCGAGAGACGAGCGCGAGCGGCCGAGGCCCGCAUGAAAGCACUCGGAGGUGGACGUCCAUGA